ACUGCGAACAUUCAUGUGUCCCAAAGAUACGUGGUAAUCGAAUUACUCUGAAAACAAACUGGUAUCUUCCAAACGGAACGAAAACAGCAUUGUGCGCGCGCACGUCGUGAAGAACUUCAUAAAAAAUGGAUAUUUUUUAAUCGUCACUGUAUUUAACGUCGGUGACAUCAGAUUAUGGCCGACAUGGCCGACAUGGCCGAGGGAGAGGAACUACCGCUUUCUAUUCCUGUCAAAGCAGUGUCUGAGCACUUCACUUGUCCCAUCUGCAUGGAGAGACUGUCCCAGACGUAUAUCACGCCCUGCGGCCAUCGCUACUGCGGGAUAUGUAUCAAAGAAUGUGUCAACAGAAGAUCAAAAUGUCCCUGCUGCAACACAAAAGUGACAGCAGACAAGCUGUAUCCUGAUUGGGCGUUUGACAAUCUCAUCAGCAUGGUUUCCACGGAGAAGUCCAAAGCGGAAGACCAAUACUUUGUGAAGCUAAUCCAAGAAGCAGGUCAUCAUGAACAUGAAGGGGCCAAUCACAGAGAGGAAUCUCCGAUUGUAGGAACGUUACAAAAGCAUCUCAAGACUGGGCUGGCUACCCAUGAGCAGUACUAUCAGGACUUCAAGCGGGAGUUCACCCAGCGAAUUCAGGAGGUGAAUUUACAGAUGGAAGCACUGCAAGGAGGUGGAGAUGACGUGUUAUUGGCCCAGCAGCUUCAAGAGCUGGAGGUCAAGAAACAAACGCUGCACACAGAACUUCGAACGUGUACCCAGUUACUAGUCGAUGCAUACGACAAAUAUUUAGCCGAUCACCUACCCACUCCUUCAUUACUACCGGUCACAGUGUCUGUGCGACUCCAAGGGAAAAAUGUCAGUCUGCCAGAUAUUAAAAUCAAGCCCCACAGCAGUAUAUCUGAAAUUAAGGAUGUUAUUGCCAUGGCAAUGGAGGCAAGAGGAGAUCCAAUUGCUAGCUUCCCAGAUGACCAAGUGCAAUUUGUUCUUCUCGGACCUGUCGAGAAGGGCCGCGAAAUAUCAGCUGAGCUUUUAGAGGAGCUGUUGCAAUCUCCUGAUAGUAUGGAAAGGUCAGAGGUUAUCAGGCUGUUACCCCGGGGUUGUCAUCCUUUACUGGAGUUUGGUGUGAAGCCAGGGAGUGAGGUUGUCGUAGCCGGCCCACUCAAACUGGAAAGUGAGAUGCCCAAGCAGUGUUUUGCACAGACUUUUGUCAAGGACAAGGGCCAAUCAAUGGACUACUUCACCUGUAAAGAUUGCGCAUUCAAAUGGGUAUGUCGAUCCUGCAAAGACUUCUGCCAUAAAGAUCACCAGACUGUGCCAUACAUAAUGGGCCACCAACCGACAUGGGCAUGUUGCUACUGUCCCAGAAAGAAAAAGUGCCAACUUGGUGAAUUGAGAACUUGAAGAGGAUCACAGGACCCCCUCCCCAGGCCAAAUUUGGUCAGCUCCAUCAACGUGAAAACAAACUCAGCCUGCUGUAACACUGACAUUGGUAAAAAGGAAAUGUGCAUGUGGAAAUAGGAAGGGCAGAAGACAUCAAAGGGCACUGUUGGAAGUUUCAUUGUGUGCAGAGGUCUUUCGUUGGUUUACAUGGGAUUCUGAUAAUAACGUAUCUGACAAACUGCCAAGAGAUGUCCUCAGGCCAUUCUUGAUCAACAUUUGUUGAACAUUUUUAUUAUUUUCUUGGUAUUUGAAACUAUUUUAGACAGUUUCAAGAUGUACUUUGCAUCAGGGCGAUGUCAAGAUUUAAUUCCUCAUUUUGCCCUUACACUGAUGUAUACGUAAGACAGUCCAGCCAUUCCUAUAGAGGACCCAUUAUGUAGCCAGUCUUGAAUGGUUGAUGAAACACCAGCUGGCUGAUCUUACUGACUUUUUUCUGGUGUCACGUGAAAUUUAGAUUCUGAAAUCUGGUCCUUUGAUUGCUAUUUUGCACACAAUUCACAAUCUUCACUUACGUUUGGGCAAUGGUCCCAAUGAAUCCAUAUUUUGAAAGUCUGAGAUUCAUGCUGCUCUGGGUCGUCUCAUUCUGUGCUACGUCAGACAGUAUGCACCACGCAAUAUUCAUAUCAGGAGAUCAUUGGACUACUCGUGAGAGGCACGUACCAUAAUAUGACUAGAUGGGUGUGUUAACAAAAAAAAAUGAGUGGGAAACACCAAAAUUUUUGAAAUUUAUACUUUUGAAAAUUGCUCGGACUUUCUGACUUAAUAUUAAGGUUUUUAUGAAUGGGAUGAAAUAUGUGUUUGGCCAGUCUUUAACGUUGAUUUAAGACUGGCUGAGGAGAGUGCAUGCCGAUAAUGUCCCUUGCCAUGCUCAGGUCAUUAUUCAGCAUCCAUUCUCCUGAUCCAAUCUGAAAUGAAUGUUCAUUCAUUCUGAGGCUGAACAAGCACAUAGUCUCUCAUUAAACUAUACAACAUAACACGUACAAAUACAUCAGAGAAUGAGCCAGUGGCAAAGUUAACUUGCCAAGGAGUGGUCCACAGGUCUUUCCUUGAGUGUGAUACAGGACCAUGAUUUACUAUAGAAAUGUUUCUAAGAGUUCCAAAAGGAUUUACAGUGAGUGUUUCUACUGGAUUGUAUUGCAUUAUUUAAUAAACAUUCCCUGUUGAAUCCAUAAGGCCAUAUUGGUCAAGUUCGGGCGGCCUGUUCUUGUACACAGGUUUCGUAAGAUUUUGAUUUUUGAACAGCUGCAAACAUGGAAAAAAGUAGAGUGAUGGCUUACAAAGCCAGUGACCAUAUGACAUUUUGCAAAAGUAUCAUUAAUUAUUCACCAUAACACAGAAAUGAAUGUUCCUAUUUAAACAGAAAAGAAUUCAGCCCAGUUAUCCAAACAUUAACUCUCAAAUAACAUACAUCAACGCUGCCAUGUUGGAAGUUGCUUGUCACUAACUACCACCAAUAACCGGUUGUACGUUACCUGCAUUCGAGCGGCUGUCCAAAAGCAAUAAAUCAAGCUGUUUGUGAACACACGAGAGCAAGCCGCCCGAACUCAGCCAUAGUGUUGGGGGUAUACAGCUUGAGCAGAUGUACCCCUUCAUUGGUUGAAAAGAACCAUGCUGGUCAGGAUUACUCAAUUUGUUGAAGGCAAUGCGACCGUAAUGCAUGCAUUUCAUAAUCAUUUGUGAACCAGCAGAGUGCAGUUCCGACCCAAGGAACCUCUGUUACGAGGAAAAUAAUGCCCUCUCUUGGUCCAGCUUGGGGCUCAUAGGUUGUAACAGACAAGAGUGGAUUUAGGACAACUAAGGGACUGAUGGGUAAACGGCCCUUCAAAUGGUCUGUGUAAUGCAAUUUUUUAUCUUACAAUUUUGAAAAUGCACCUUUACAAUUUUGAUUAAUCUGAUUUUCAGUUCAUGUUUUGCUGUCCUAAAAGGCAUUUUGCAGCCUUUUAGUUUUUACCUAACAUUGCCUUCCCCGAUCGACAUUACAAUAGAAAAACUCCCUUGGUUAAUUGCAAA